CACAUUUAAACGAGAAUCCAGACAACCAGUUUUCUCUGUAAAAGUUGUCCACCAAUGAAGAAAAGCUAAUGAAAUCAAUCAUUCGCUCUAUAGUAUCGUCUCCUAAACGCGUCCAUUAUGAUAAACCGCUUGGUCUACAGUAUGAUCUUUCAUACAUCACUCUGCAAAUCAUAGUGGCCCUGGCACCGGUGCUGGGGUUCUUGCAACAAUAUUACCGAUACCCGUUGUCUGAUCUAGUCACAUUUCUCAACACGUACCACUUGAACCAUUGGAGAUUGUUUAACUUUAGAGGGGAGGAUCCGGGAUACACUGAUGAAGAGGUGAAUGGACAAGUCAGUCAUUAUCCCUUUCCUGACCAUCUGCCACCUUCAUUCGAUAUAAUGCUACAAUGUGUGAAGGAACUACAGCAGUAUUUGAAACAGGAUACAAAAAACGUUGCUGUGUUACACUGUAAAGCCGGUAAGGGAAGAAGUGGGUCUUUAUGCUGUGCCUAUCUCAUGUAUGAUGAGUUCAGUAAUGGACGUGGGUUUAACGUUAAACUGGUAAUUGAUUUGUUUACCGAAAAGCGCAUGCAAAGCUUUGCAGGUGAUGGAAUAAGUAUAUUGUCCCAACAAAGAUAUCUUGACUAUUGGAGUACAUUCUUGAAUAGCACUCCUGAAUUACGACAACAGUAUUUGGAAUAUGUGGAACAAGUUAAGCCAUAUGAGAUAUACAAAGUAAGAGUUAAAAAUGUUUGCAAUUUGAGUGAAUUUUACAAGUUAAAUCUUCUAUUGAACACGGUUGCUAAAUUCGUGAAGAAGUUAACUGCCGAGAACAGCAAAAUGACGAAACAUGACCAGAAUUUGUUCUUUACACCAAAUACACCAAUUAAGUUAGAUUCAAGUAUGUUAGAUAUAAAACUCGGGGUUAAAACCUGGUGUUACUGUUGGUUUAAUAUUUAUUUCGAAAGCUUGGCCAGUCUGCCAAGUGUUAUCUUGCAAUGGGAGGAUUUAGAUGGAUUUAAAGGUACAAGACAACGAGGAGUAAAAGUUUUUGAUGAGAUUGAAGUGUAUUGGAAUAUACCUCAAGAAUAACUCUAUAUAUAUUAGCUAGCUAUAUAAUUAACCACCUCGUUUUUCAUUAUCUACUUCUAACCAAAAUUGUUUUAAUGCCCGCUGUACCAGAUCAACAUGAGUUGAAUCUUGUUUAAAUUUAUGAAAGUUGGAUUUGCUUAAUGUGAAAGGUUUUGAGAUUUUGAUUUCCUCAAAAAGAAUGAUGUCAUGUUGGUUAUGACUGUAUUUGACUUUAUCCUUACCGUAUAACUUCACAAACUUAUCGUAUAAUCUGUGUGCUAUGGGUUGAGGAGAUGAAUUAUGCGAUUGAGUUCUUGGUGAGGUAGAUGCUUGCCUUCUUUGUGCUGGUUGUUGUUGUGGUGGUGGAGACACAUUUGGUUCAACAGGACUCGGUUUGUAAUCUAUAAUGCGCUGUUGUAUGGUUUCAUCAAGUUUGGCAACAUCAAUGGGAUGCAAUGUCAAGUUGUUUGUGGAAUAUUUAGCAAGAUUGGACCCACCUUUUUUGUUUGGAAACGGAGGUAACACUUGCAUUGAUUUUAUGAAUGAAGUGUUGAUGAUUCUAUACGUGUCACCUUUAUUUGUGUCUUUUUUGGUUUCAUUAGAUGUUAUUCUUAAUGAGAGUACUUCAUUGGAAGAUGAGAAUGCGUAAAUGUAUCCAGUGAUGGUUUGGUCUAAUAAUGUAGUGAUUUUAACUUUCAAGUUUAUUACUUGUUCGAAAUUGUUGAUUGACAUGCUGGAAAUGGUAUAAGGUUCUAUAUGACUAAUAGUUUAUAGUUUAAAAUGGUAAUUUCGAUUUGGUAU